AUGUUGAGGCGAACGUCCAGCCCCACCUUCAAGCGCCCCCUUUGGUGUGGACUUCAGAUCUUGGUUGCGCGUUCGAUCGACUUUCUUCUCAUGGCGCCCGACUCGAUCCCUCUGCGGGGGCAGAAACUUGCAUUGAGGUAAGCGGAUUUACGCAGUGGUUCUGGCCGGAUCUUCCACGUGCUGAAUGCCAGCCUUCCUGAUCCUCAGCACUUCGUUCGUUCGUACGCGAAAGUCGUUGUUGCGCUCCCAAGGCUAUGCAAAUUCUACAAGGCGGUGCAGGAUGCAGUCGACAUGCUUGUUCGCGAGGAGGGGUUGAUCGACUCUGAACUUGAAGGAACUUGA